AUGAAGUUGACGGACGUUUCGCGGAAGCCUUACGGGAAUAAGGUCCUUAUGGAGUACUGCAGUAAAUCAUCAGUACAUGGCGUUGUUUACUGGUCAGAUCGCUAUCGGCCAUAUUGGGAGAGAUUUCUGUGGAUUCUUCUAGUUGGGGUGUCGGUAAUUUUGAGUGGAAUAAUGAUUCAGAGUUCAUGGAUAAAGUGGUCAAAUCACGCCAUUGCCUUCACGCUUGGUAGUCAACCGAUACAUAUUUCGGAGAUUCCCUUUCCGGCCUUUACGGUCUGUUCAAUGGCGCGUUUUCAAUCACGGCUGACAAAGUAUUCAAGCCUCGUCAAUGGCUAUGUUGUCCACGAUAGAGUUGCAAAGUCUCCUGAGGAUUGGGAACUCUUUGACCAUCUAUCGCAAGUUUGUACGUCAGACAAUGUCUGGAAAUCCUUCGAUCUACGAUCAAUCAACUUUCCCAAAUUCACCAAUUCAACAAAAAUUUACGAAACUCUCAGGCUGUACCAACAAGACCCCGAUGCUGUAUUUUCCCUUUGCAAUUUUGUCAUGGAAAACAUCUCCUGUAGCACCAUGUAUCAAGAAGUCUUUACCAAGCAUGGAAGCUCCCUUACACCCCUGAGCAAUUGGACGAUAUCACGAGGUUAUCACACCCACAGGGAAACCUACCCGUUGCGUGUGUACCAGGUAAUGCCAAACUACGGCUUUGAGCUUCGCUUGAAAUUCAAUGCAAGCGAUUGGGAUGAGAAUUGCUUCCAAAUGGGCGUUGGGGCGAUUAUUCAUUUUCACGAUCCCUCCGAAAUGCCCCUAAUGUUUGAACGUUUCCGCGCCGUAACACUCGAGGACUACGCACGGAUUGCAAUUCAUCCGGAGAUGACAAAGACAGCCCCAGAGCUGGUCAGGUACUCACCGCAUCAGCGGAUGUGCUUCUAUCCUGGCGAAAAGUACCUCCAGCACUUUCUCAUCUACAACGAGAAUAACUGUCGCGUGGAAUGUGCGACCAAUUUGACGCUCCUGAGGUGCGGAUGUGUCUUCUUCUACAUGCCACACAACGGCAGCGUUCAGCUAUGCGGAAAAGGCUCCCUUCCUUGCUACCAAAAGGUUCUACGGGAAAUGGAUAAGGCUGUAAUGAGGAAUUCUGGUGUGGAGGAUAAAACAUCCUGUGACUGCCUACCACGGUGUAGUUCUAUUAACUACAAAACCGACCUGAUUCACCACAAAAUGUAUCUCUGGCAAAAAAAUCGCUCAAACAUCGAUGAAGUCCUCAUCCGGAUCUACUUUCAGCAGACAACUUUCAUUCCCUUCCAGAGAUCCGAACUGUAUGGUCUGACGGAGUUCUUGGCAAGCUGCGGGGGGAUUCUUGGGCUCUUUAUGGGGGUCUCAGUGCUGAGUCUCACUGAGUUGUUCUAUUUCUUCCCCGUACGGUACCUCUGGAAUAGGCACAAUGCCCAAGAAGAUCAAAAGAAUCCUAAACAGAGGCCCAAGAAAAUUAUCGUUUCUCCCAAAAGCCACGUGCGGUUGUACGUUAGACCGAGAUUUUAA